GUAUAUACAUGAGGAGUGGGUUGAUUCCACUAAAAUUGAUGGAAUGAACUUAUGAUGCAUCACCUCAUGAAGCAUAGAGUGACUCUACAAACCAAACACAUCAUAAAGGCUUGGAGAGGGCUGCAGUUAUAGGGGACACUCCUAGCCAAGAACUGGUACUAAAUCCAUCACUUUUAGUAUCGGUUAUUUAAAAGAACCGGUUCUAUACUGAUUUUGGUAGGAAAUCCAAUUCAUCUAGCAGGAAUGGGAAAAACUUUCAAUAUCGGUUAUUAAAAACGGUUUUAAAGACGGCUUUUAUUUUUUGCUCUAGUUGAUAGAUCUUUAGUAACUGGUAUUAAAGAGUUGAGUUUUAGUACCGGUUCUAUCAAAGAACCGGUACUAAAGAUAUUAGUACUGGUUGUUGGUUUGAACCGGUACUACAUAACUUAAUAUUAGUAUUGGUUUUUGUCUUUAACCGGUACUAAUAUCAUCGACAGGCGCUGGCCAUUUUAAAUCGGUACUGGAGCUAAUAUUAAUAUCAGGUUUAAAAUAUCCGAAAGAAAUGUUAUUGGACAAAAGCUUCAUUCUUCAGUACUGAUAUAAUAUACAUAAUGUAAAUAAACAUAUAAUGUUCUUGUCGUUUAUCGCGUGAACGCUAGAUAAUUUUUCUUCCAUCGCAACGAAUGGCAUAUUAUGCUAGUAAAAAAAGAGUAAUGGCCCUAAUAGCAAGAACGUUUACUACUGGUAUAAAUAUUUUUAAAUACAAAUACUUAUUGGUUAAGGAAAUACUACUGAUAUGGAUUUGAUUUGCUGGCAAAUGGAGCACUAAAUGUGUAUGUAUAACGUAAUUAAAUAUGCAUUGGGAUGUCCCUAUAUAUAGCAUAUGCUAGCUUGAAUAUCAUGUAUUUUGUCAUGCUCUAUUUGCAAGGAGAGAGAAAUCUCAUAGCACAUUUUCAUUAUUGUACUGUAGGCAACACUGCCAUAUAAAAAAAGAUGAUCAAAUCGUAGCAAUUAAGUUCAAUGAAGACUAUUAUUAUCGCUAGUAGAUAUGCACUCUCUGGGAUGUGUCCAUAUAUAUGGCAUAUGCUAGCUUGUACAUACUACUAGCUAUAUAUAUAUAUACCUCUCAUGCUUUGUAAGGGAAGACAACAAAUCUCGUGGCAUAGUUUUUGGAGUAGUAUUAUAAGCAUUUUAUUCCAUAACUUUAUGCCCCCAACCCAAAUAGCGUGAGUAUAAUAUCAACGGCCGGAUGGCCUAUAUAUUAUUAGGACACCGAUACACCAAGUAAGUCGAUCAUCUUCCUCCCAGAGCCAACAGGACUGUGGCAGCCGUACGUAGCCACGACAAGAAACAAAAGCCCCAAGAAAAAAAAAAAGGCAGCGCUAGCUUACCGUCAGGUGAAGAUGAAGAUCAACGCCGGCCGCCGCGACGACGGGAUUGCAGCGGCGACGCUCCUGGCCGCCGUUCUUUUCGGAUGUCUCGCGACCUCCGUGCAGUGUGCUCGAGUAGUGCCAGCAGAUGCCACUACCGGAGACGGAGAGCGCGGGCAGGAGGCGGAGUUGGCGUUGCCGCCGCCGUUCUGCUACAAGGCGUGCGGCAACGGGCGCUGCGACUUCUGCUGCGCCAGCCAGUACACGCCGACGUUCUGCUGGGACACCCAGGCCAUGUGCAAGCGCGAGUGCCAUCCGCCCAUCAGCCCUCCCAGUUCCGUAUGAGGAUGUGACGUGGCAACGAUCGUGGAUGCAGGUUCCUAUAGCGUCGAUCAGUCGCGUGCGUGCGUGCGUGCAUGCAUGUCAUUAGAUUCAGCCUCGCAUCGCAUCAUCCCCUCAGCCAUGGCCUAUGCCAUUUGUAUUUGCUUGGUAAUAACUCUGGUGCUCCAUGAAUUUUAAAUCUAAAACUGUCUACAUGCUUUCUUGGAA